AUGCUCAUUUCUAAACUUGAAUCCGUUCUUGAUGGCGAUGAAAUGGAAGUUAGACAAGAAAUUUAUGAUGCAUUCGUAGAUGCUUUAUCUCUAUCCAAGUGUGGUGAUGGCCCACCGCAAUCAAGUUAUAAGACGUACUACUACAACCAAGACCCACUCACUCUGUACGAAGAUCAGACUACUAUUAGUAAAGGCACAACAGGGCUAGUAACUUGGAUUUCAGCUCAGUCUAUGGCUCGUGACAUAUACAAUCCUGAUACAAAACUCCACAAGCACCUUGCAUCAGCUUCAAAAGUGCUAGAAUUGGGCGCUGGUUGUGGAUUGGUGAGUAUGGUAGUGAGUAAGCUAUUCAAUAGCACAGUAUACGCGACAGAUGUGGAUGAGAAUGUACUUCAAAGGUUAGAAAGAAAUGUUAAUCUGAACAAUCUUUCCACCAGGGUCGUUGGAUUGGAUUGGUUCAACGAUCGAGACGUUGUAACGAACAUUAUCCCAGAUGUAGUCGUCGCAGCUGACGUAGUCUAUGACGAUUACCUCUUCUCUCCCCUGCUUACCAUCCUCCAGGAGUGUUUGAGGAUGAAUCAUCAGUGCAAAAUUUACAUAAGGGGUGUUAUUCGUAAUGAGCGUACUUAUCAGAAAUUCAUCAGUAUGUUGCGGGAAGAUAUUAAACAUGACAUCAAUAUCAUGCAAAUCAAAAAUGAAUGUACUCAAAUCCGCAACCCGGCUUCGAACAAUCGACCAAAUGAGGACAUGUACGAGGUUUUGAUUGGGUGA